GGAGUCAGCUCGGAGUGAGUAAUUGUUUUCGCACCCACACUUAUCUGCUGCUCGAAUACCUUUCUAAAAGAUUUGAGCCUUGGGAAUGCCAAUUCCUUCAUAAUGAGACGAGCGACACCUCGCCAAAUGCAUCUUCUGCAAGGUGCUUCAGUCUCACGACUUUCGAGCUUGGUUUGCGUAUGCGCCGGACACCAAUCGCUUCACACCUUGUCACAGAGACCAACAGUCAAUGCCUCUUUGGAUAUCGAAUUAGCGAUCUCACAAAAGAGAUGCAUAACUCAGCAGAAUAUACGUCGCCAGAAGGAGGCCGAGAUUCAAUGGAAAGGGUUUGCGGAAGAAAUCAGGGCAGGAAAACGGAAAGCUUUCCUCGACCAUCUGGAGGAGCGAGAACUUGUGAAUCAGGUUGUAGGGCCACGAGAGGUCCUCGAUAAAGUCUUUACGGAUAAAAGAACGGGGUUAUAUACUGGUAUCGAUCCGACAGCACCGUCUCUACAUGUCGGUCAUAUGCUUCCGAUUAUGGUUUUGGCGUGGGCCUUCAAUUGGGGUUACCCUAUUCAUUUCAUAUUAGGAGGCGCAACAGCAAGAUUCGGUGAUCCCACGGGGAGACUUGGGCCUCGACAAACUGAGCAUCGAAGCGUCCGAACGGCGAACAUGGCCUCAAUGCACAUGCAACUGAAGAGAAUUAGCGCGAGUAUCGAAGAUUACGGUCGACGUCAUGGCUAUAAGAAGGAAUGGGCGUGGAGGCGAGCUCUUACAAACAACAAUGUUUGGUGGAAUGGGACACCUUUUGUGGAGGUGUUGCGAGAUCUGGGUAUGCACAUGAGACUAGGUCCUAUGCUGGGACGAGACACUGUCAAAACUCGAUUAGAGGGUAACGGCAUGUCUUUCGCGGAAUUUUCUUAUCCUCUGAUGCAGGCGUGGGAUUGGUGGGAGUUAUUCAAGAAAGGUGUUCAGGUUCAGGUUGGAGGCUCUGAUCAAUUCGGCAAUAUUCUUUUCGGUAUGGAAGCCGUGAAGCAGACAGCCAAGAAUACCGCCAUCGAAAUUGAUCGAAGGCCAGUUGAAGAAGAUGCGGACAAGCCCGCUGGACUCACCACUCCACUCCUAACUACUUCCUCAGGCGAGAAGAUAGGGAAAUCCGCUGGCAAUGCAGUAUGGUUGGAUAAAGAUAUGACCUCAACUUUCGAGCUCUACCAGUACUUUGUCCGGACACCAGACGAUCAAGUCGAGCGAUAUUUGAAGAUGUUUACUUUCCUCCCUCUGGAUAAAAUCACCCAGCUUAUGGAAGAGACGAGACAAGAUCCCUCAAAGAGAGUUGCACAACAUGCACUCGCCCGGGAGUUUGUCGACAUUGUCCACGGUCCGAUAGAGGCUGAAGCCGCAGCAACGCAGCAUCGACAGCUCUUCCGACCCCGUUCAUCCAUUUCAGAGCCGACGCCACCGCCAACACAGCCUUCCAAUAUCCCCCCUCAUUUGGCUAAUGAUCCCAAAUAUAGCUUUAUGAACCGGGCGGCAGGAAACAAGUUUGCUAAGCCUACGAACUAUAAAAAUAUGGAAAGCAACCGCGUUACUCUUCCCCGAUCCCUUGUGCUCGAGCAGCCUCUGGCCAAAGUCCUAUACAACGCUGGCCUGGUAGUGUCCAAUAGUGAAGGUCACCGGCUGAUCGUUGGCAAGGGAGUGUCCGUUGGUAGCCGACCCGGAGAUUCUGGCCAAAUGUCGGAUGCAUUAGAGUUCACCCCCAUUAAAACAUGGGUUCCAGCAAAGACACCCGAUUUCUUGAUUGAUGGGAACCUUUUGAUCAUAAAGAUCGGCAAGUGGAAGCUCAAAUUGAUUGAGCUUAUUGACGACGAAGAGUUUGAUAAACGGGGCUUGGACGUUCCAGGGUGGGCGGAGUUCAAGGAGAAGAAAGCUGCAGGCCAAAUCACUACUGCAAGCCAGAUCACGGAGAUGCCGGAGACCCCUUUCAGGCUCAGGAAAUACCAUAACAAUCGAGAGUCGGAAUAACGGU